AAUCAAAUAGUUAUUAUUUUGCUCGCUCACCGUUCGAAUCGUUCGCCAAAAUGUCGGAUCCAAUUGAAAUACCCGCUAGGAAAACCCUAUAUGAUCCAGAGACAAAAAUAUGGAGUGGUGAAAAAAGUGAAUUGGCGUUUAAUCCGGAGGAUUCAAUUGCUUCGGUGGUAUUGAAGAAGUUAUUGGAAAAUCCAGAACAUAUUGGACAGGUCUGCUACCAAAGUGGCAAUGAGUUGACGAAUUUGGAAAUUGCCAAACGAACGGUACAGGUUGCCAAAUACUUUGAGAAGCUGCAGUUCCAACAGUCGGACAUGAUUGGAUUGUGUGCCGGCAAUACGGAUUAUAUUGCCCCACUGGUAUUUGGUGCAUUGGCAGCUGGUCUGUGCAUUAGUACCUUAGAUCCCAGUUUUGAUAAGGCUGGCAUUAAACACGUCUAUUCGCUGACCAAGCCACGUAUGAUGUUCUGCGAUGGUGAUCUCUACGAACGAGUGCGUGAAGCUUUGGAUGAAUGUGAUUUGGGCGCCACGAAAAUCUAUACAAUGAGUAAUCAUGUGGAUGGUGUGCCGAGUAUUAUGGAAUUCUUUGAGGAUGAAAGUGUGAAUCCCAGUGACUAUAGGGUACAACCCCUCAAGGAUGGCGUACACCAGACGGCAUUCAUUGUUUGUACCUCGGGCACGACAGGAUUACCCAAGGGCGUUUGUAUAUCCCACGCCUGUUUCCUGAGCAUGAAUAUGUCAGAGAAUGGCUUCAAAGACCAGAAUUUCCUAUGCUUUAGCACUCUGUAUUGGGUGUCGGGUCUCUUCACCUUAAUACAAGGCACAAUUGGCUGUGCCAGACGUAUUAUUUCCUCAAAAGCAUUUAAUGUCGAGGAUUUCUUCAAUAUUGUUGAACGUUACAAGGUCAACAUGACCAUGGGCCCACCAUCACAGAUUGCCUUGGCUGUUUCAUCGGAUAAGAUUGGCUCCGUCGAUCUUUCGAGCUUAACAGCCUGUAUGAUUGGUGGCAGUGCAGUUUCACAUUCACUCACCGAGAAAUUCCGCAAAUAUGCCACUAAUGCUUGGUGUCUGGUUGGUUAUGGAUCGAGUGAAACAUCGGGAAUUGCUGCAACAGCAAGUGUACCAAGCAAUGCAGUUGGCAAAUUGGUGGACAAUGUAGAGGUGAAGAUCAUCGAUGAUGAUGGCAAUGCGUUGGGUCCCCAAGAAUCGGGGGAGAUAUGUGUACGCACUCCUUUGCCAUGGGCUGGUUAUUUUGGCAAUCCCACCGCCACCAAAGAAAAAUAUGAUUCGGAGCGUUGGAUCUAUACCGGAGAUGUGGGAUAUUUCAACGAAGAGGGUGAACUGUUUUUGGUCGAUCGUAAAUGUGAUAUUCGUAAAUACAACAACUUCCAUUUUUCACCCACCGAUAUUGAGAAUGUCAUCAGUGAACUGCCCCAGGUGGCCGAUGUAUGUGUUGUGGGUAUUCCGCACAGUGUCCAUGGUUUCUUGCCCGCAGCCUGUGUAAUUAAACGGGCCAACAGUGACAUCAAGGAAUCCGAAAUCUAUCAACAUGUUGUGGAGAGAAUGCAAGACUUUGAAUAUUUGCGUGGUGGUGUUUAUUUCGUCGAUGAUUUUCCACAAACAGCAUCGGGCAAGACCAUACGUCGUAAGGUCACCGAGAUGUGUGAGCGGCUAUGGAAUGAAAAGAACGCAACUAAUUAGAUAAAUUUUAUUAUUUUUUUUUAAAUUGUUUUAAAAUAAAACUUUAUUUGUAUUAUUGUAUUUUUAGUUUUGAAAUAUAAAG